GCCAGCAGCUAGAGCAGCAGCAGCGUCCCCCAGAAAGAUCCUCCGUUCAGCCACUGCACUGUGCUGGGUCCUACUCAUGGUCCUACUUCGUCUGGCGACAGCGGCGAUGGGGGGUUGUUUUGAUAAAAGUUGACGAAGUUUUUCUUGUUUUUAUUACCAUAUUGUUGCGUUGAAAUCCAGGAUGUUUGAUGUGUUUUCAACCUUUGGCUUUACUUCACGUCCCCGAAGGAGUAACAAACUUGGGAAUAACCGAUCUUAAAGCUGAGAAGAGCAACUUUUCCAACUGCCUUAACGUUACUAGUCAAUGGGCUGACCUAUGCUAAGCUAACCCGCUCGCCAAUGCAGUUGAAAUUCCUGUUAAAAGUCCACAAACGAGCAAGCGAACUUUACAUUUCGGGAUUCGGUGACUAGACGAUAUUUACUGGCGACUUUCUAAGAGAAAUCUGUCGUUUGCAGCCUCCCUUUAUCUGGUCGGACUGGACGGUGCAGGUGCACCUCUUGCGGCACCUGCGAAAACUUGGUUACUUAGCUAGCUCCAUCGCUAGAGAGCUAACUAGCUUGUUCGUGUUAGCAUUCAGCAGGAGCAGAGACUGUUGUGGACAAAUGUAUCUCUCAUGGCAGAGAUGAUUUGAGAUUUAACAUGAAUUGUUAGUUUCAAACUUUACAUUUCUAUUUAACCGCUGCUAUUAAAAACAUUUCGGCUAACCGUAGCCAGCAAUCUCGCUAACAAGUUAUUGACCCUCAUACAAUUUUACCGGAGUGGCGACGUGGAUACAGGGUUGUGUACGCUCUCUCUCCCACAGGACUUUGGACACGGUUUGAUUCCGUUGUGGGCUGCGCAGGGAAUGCCCAUCUGUUCUCAUCAGCUAGUCUCCUAGAUGUGACAGCAUGAUGAUUUCAAAAAGUUACAUUUUACCGUUAUAAAGUUUUGUUCUUAAAGCUCUGCACCCUAUGGUGUCGCUACGGCCACCGAGAAAUGGAUGUCUCGCAGGCCGCUUUCCCAAACGGUGAAGGGCGGCCGGGCGGCUGUAGGACAGGGGAGCAUGCAUGGACAGACUGCCCCACAGCUCGGGCGUGGGCUCACUCUGCUCCGCUGUGCCCGACUCGGUCCCUGUGGACAGCCGCCUAUGACUACGAGGCAAGCGGCGAGGAUGAGCUCAGCCUCAGACGAGGGGACGUGGUGGAGGUGCUGUCCAAAGACGCAGCAAUCUCCGGGGACGAGGGAUGGUGGACGGGUAAAAUCAACCACCGGGUCGGGAUUUUCCCCUCAAACUAUGUUACCUACCAGCCCGCUAUUUACCGUCUCCCUGCGACGAGUGGAUCUGUGGGGGCACGAGAGGAAGUCCCGAGCUCGCCCGUCCAGAUUCCCUUCAGUGAACUGGUACUAGAGGAGAUCAUAGGCGUGGGUGGAUUUGGCAAAGUUUACCGGGGCACAUGGAAAGAUCAAGAGCUCGCCGUGAAAGCGGCUCGGCAAGACCCAGACGAGGACAUAACAGCCACCGCCGCCAGUGUUAAACAAGAAGCGAAACUUUUCUCCAUGCUACAGCACCCCAACAUUAUUAAACUGGAAGGAGUGUGUUUGGAAGAGCCCAACCUGUGCCUGGUCAUGGAGUAUGCCCGAGGCGGGACACUGAACCGGGCGUUGACCGGAAGGCGCAUCCCUCCACACAUCCUGGUCAACUGGGCCGUGCAGAUUGCACGCGGGAUGCUCUACCUACACGAGGAGGCCGUGGUACCCAUUAUCCAUCGUGACCUGAAGUCUAGCAACAUUUUAUUACUUGAAACGAUUGAGAAUGACGACAUCGGGAGGAAGACCUUGAAGAUCACAGAUUUUGGCCUGGCCAGGGAGUGGCACAAAACCACAAAAAUGUCAGCUGCAGGCACCUACUCCUGGAUGGCCCCCGAGGUCAUCAAGUCAUCUCUCUUCUCCAAAGGCAGUGACGUCUGGAGCUAUGGUGUCUUGCUGUGGGAGCUGUUAACAGGGGAAGUACCAUAUCGUGGGAUUGAUGGACUGGCUGUUGCUUACGGCGUGGCAGUCAAUAAGUUAACUCUACCGAUCCCCUCCACUUGCCCAGAACCCUUCGCCAAGCUCAUGGAAGAGUGCUGGGACCAGGACCCCCACGUGCGUCCCUCCUUCUCCUGCAUCCUGGAGCAGCUGUCGGCCAUCGAGGAGGCGGUGAUGGCCACCAUGCCCCAGGACUCCUUCCACAGCAUGCAGGACGACUGGCGUGUGGAGAUCCAGGAGAUGUUUGAUGAGCUCAGGACCAAAGAGAAGGAGCUACGUUCCAGAGAAGAAGAGCUGACGCGAGCCGCCCUCCAGCAGAAGUCUCAGGAGGAGCUGCUGAAGCGUCGGGAGCAGCAGCUGGCAGAGCGGGAGAUCAAUGUGCUGGAGAGAGAGCUCAACAUCCUCAUUUUCCAGCUCAAUAAAGAUAAGCCCAACGUGAAGAAGAGGAAAGGCAAAUUCAAACGUUCCCGCCUCAAACUGAAGGAUGGAAACCGCAUCAGCCUGCCCUCAGACUUCCAGCAUAAGAUCACCGUGCAGGCGUCGCCUUCCAUGGACAAGAGGCGAAGCCUUCAUAGCACCAGCUCCUCUCCUCCCAGCAGUCCCACACUAAUUCCCCGGCUACGAGCCAUUCAGCUGAUGCCCCACACGCGGAGGGACAGUUUGUAUGUUUACCAACAGGAUGUUGAUCUGACCAGCGAGCUCACAACCUCCUGUGGGCUCACGAGGAAAGUUACUCAAGAUGAGAGCAACCGUACAUGGGGCCGCAGCACCCUCUUCAGGCCAGAGGAGUUUGAUGAUGUGAAAAAGGGAAUCAAGAAGAAAGGAAGAACCUGGGGCCCCAGUUCAGUACAGAGCAAAGAAAGGCCUGCUGCUGCUGAGAGAGUGCGUCCUCUGUCAGACGGCAGUAACCCCUGGUCCACCAGCCUGGUCAAGUCCCAGAAGUCUGUCCCCCUCGCCGCCUUGUUUGCUGAACAAGCGGGGGCCGGUAAAGACGAGGCAUUCUCCCAGGAAUGUCCUGACAGCAGCUCCAAGCCAAAGCAGCUCAAGUUCCCCAACCAGGUGUACAUCGAUCUACCUCUGUGGAGGGACGAGCAGCAGCCUCAGAGCCCCGGUGGGCAUUGUGGGUCGGGAGAUGCUGGGGUCGGGGCAGCAGGUCAGGGUGGCCCACCAGAGACCCCAGACGACCCCUACACCACUACAUCCACCUCGUCCACCUCCACCACCCCACAGCUCACCCCUACCAACAGCCUGAAGCGGACGUCAGCUCGCCGCAAGACUGACUCCGUGCUGUAUGGCUGUGGCGCAUUGCUGGCUUCAGUUGUGCUCGGUUACGACAUUAGGGAGGCUCUCAAAAACUCGGCUCCUGGGGAAGAUUGCGAGCCCCAGCGUGAGGAGAAAGAGAAGAAGAAGAAGGAGGGCCUGUUUCAGCGUGCGACCCGGUUUCGCCGCAGCACCUCACCACCAAGUGGUCGCCCCCGCAAAGACGAGGCAACGCCAAACCCCACCGCCACCCAACCUGUCAAUCUCAUCUCCAUGUCGGCCAUUUUGGAAUGCAACUCCACCAAGUGCCUCUUAAAGUCUGAGGCGGAGGUGUCACACUCUAGUCCUGGGAAGGUUGAGCUUGUGGCUGCCAAUAAUCACACCGAGUCGUCCAGACCCGGCCCAGCAGCUUCUACAGAAGGCCAGAGUAACAGGAUGGCAGCUAACACAGAGACACCAGUGCAAACCCAAAGCCAGCCACCCGAGCAGAGCAACCACAACACAGGAACACGUCUACGCAGAAAGAAAUACACCACCAACCACAAUAUUUCCAGCCAAUGGCCCACCUGCUCUGCCUCCUCCAGCCACACAGAAGAAGCGCGAGAAAGAUGGAGUGUCAGAGAAGCCCUCUGGUGGCGAGGCCUUCUCCAGACCACGGCCAGUGUCGUUCCGGGCCAAACCCCACACCUGGGCCCUGCUGCGAGGACGCAACAAGAGCUACUCGCUGGGCCACUACUCCGGAGAGAAGACAGCACAAAACCUAAGUGUGGUGCUGUCCUCUGAGGUGGGGACGGGCUGCUCCCUGCUGGACAUGGACACAGAGGGCCAGAAACGAGACUGCACUGUGCCGCUCUGCCGCAUUCAGAGUUCCCCGGGACGGCCCUCCGUCUUCGAGCUGGAGAAAAAGUUUCUCUCUUAGGAGCCUUGAAAAGUGAUCUGCUGUGAUCAUAGUUCAUCCCAUACAAUCUAUAGUGUUUUAGAACAUACAGACAGAAUUUUUGGCCUAAAACUCCUGGAGGGUUUAGAACCAGGCUGCCUUUUUCUCUCCAUUUAAAAAAAAAAAAAAAAAAAAAAAAAAAAGGGAUCUGUAACAUAGAACCCAGCUUUGUCUUAGUUCCUGAACAUAGUGAUGUCAGUGUUCUAGAGCAUAGCCAAGUCGGAGAAGACAAGUUCUAUCUUCAAUGUUCUAGAAGACCUCUGUGUCACAGGAGUUCUAGAAUGUGCACACUCAUCUCAGUUUGAGAACGGUCUUAAGGUCUUUUCAGACAGGCAGCGAUUGACGCGCCUAGUUAUUCAUUUUCAAUGAGAGGCGAGCGGGCAUGUAGGGAGGCGCGGGCCAGCGACCAGCGGGUGCGAUCCCGUGAAACUGAUGCGAUCUUUCUAGUCUCAUGCACACGCCCGCCCGCUGACAUUUGAAUUGUCUUGACCUUUCUUCUAUGUGACGCACAUACAGUACAAAUCAAUGCUGUUUGUGAGUUCCCUGAAAUACAUAACCAUCAGGACAUAAAGCACGCGUAGAGCACUUGGCGUUCACAUGGGAAGUGCAUGCAAGUCUGAAAAGACCUUUACACACUGCCUUGCCUAAUUCUGGAACACACACACAUAGUUCUAAAACCUGAGCAGAACAUUCUGGAUCAGCAGCUCUUCUCUGGUCCCUCGGUGCUCGACUGCCACCUUUGUUCGCGCUACCAUUUGUUACCUUCUUCCUUUCUCGUUCUGUCGGUGCAGCUAAACGUUGACCGCUGCUGCAGCUUUCGCAACACAAUACCCUCACCUUUUUAUUUAUAUAUAUAUUUUUAUAGGUAAUUUAAUAUGAAGAGACUUGACCUUACCUUAGCAACCAGCAGGACAUACAUUCCAUGUCAGUCAAGCUGUGCGAUCACGCUUUUAGAUUUUUGGACUUGAGAAUUAUGCAUGCAUGUACCCUUGAAAUGUUGAACAAAAAAAAAAUCCUUAUGCCUUGUUUGUAAAUAUUUCUUUUUACCCCAUUAUAAGUAUAAUGCUGGUAGUUUUGUAUUGCAUAUAUGCUGUUUUAUGACUGUUUUAAAAGUCAGCGAUGCUGCAGUACCGUUUGUGUUCUAGGGACAGGUUACAUACUGGAUCAUAGCAGGGAUGCAAGUAUGUUUCCUCCCAGAAUGCCCUGAAGAUUUUAGAGAUGCAAGUAGAAAUACACUGGAAGUCCUGCACAGCAAACGUGGAAUGUUUUCACUUAAAAGUUGGAUAACAUUUUAAAUGACCAUUGGUCAUGAGUUGCUAAUAUGGAUUUUUGUAAGAGUACUGUAUUUAUAGAAUUUUUUUUUUUUUCUGGUUAAUAUUUUCUAUACUCAGCACACUGCAGCAGAGUGGGGGAACACUUCAGGCAUGAAUGUUCAUGUCAGGAAAACCCGCCCCAAAUGAAUGAAUUUAUAAUCUAACCCCGAUGACUGCUGAUUGGCUAAAAUUGUAAUAAUACAGCAUCAUUUCAGAUUGAAGUUAUGGAAGGAUAACUACACAGCUUGGGAGUGGCCACACGGGAGAGUUUAGUUUCAAACAUUGAAUGCAUAAAAAUAGCAGUACUGUUAACCAGACAGACCCUGUGCCUUCAAGUACUAAAGUGUCUUAUUAAGUCCAAUUCAUGUCCUCAUUUCUAUUAUCACAAGCACACAAUUUUGUAAUGUGUGCAAACAAAUGAGUUAUUUUUGAAGCUCAAUCUUGACAUCUGCAUUUCAGAUUUGACCCCCAUUGCCAUUAUUAGUUUCAUAUACCUAAUUGCACUGUUAUGUUUAAUUGGUUUCGUUGAGUCAGGUUUUUGGUUUUGUUUUAUUUCUAUUUGUAUACCUUUUAUCCAGCAUUAAGCAAAUUGUUUCCACAUGUAGCCAAAUAUCCAUGUCAUCAAGCUCAGGAAGGUCUGGAGACAUUUGAGGACAGAUUUUGGCAAAGCGAGUGAAGACAGUUUCCUUAUCAUACUGUAAACCUACAGUCAGUUGAAUGCCUUCCUCGGAAUUAACAAAGGGUUUGUUAUCCUGACAUGUUUUUCUCCCGACCUCUGUGAACUUGCAGGAUAUAUACUGUUCCUAGUCCCAUGGUCACUCCUGGGCCCUCUCUCUAAAAGUUAAACAACUUAACAUCCUUUGUUACGGUUGACUGGUGUUUGUAUUCCCCAACUUUGUAUCGCUGUCUUACUUCAGUCUGUUUUUGAGUUCAUUAGAAAAUUUGUCACAUUUUUUGAAGGACAAAACAAUGGCUCAUUUACAGUAAGAUAUGAAUUCCCAAAUGGUGUAAAUAUAAUUGUGAUUCCUGAUGUGUAUAUCACUGUGGCAUUGUAUGGUGAUUUAGAAUGUGAAGUAUCCCAUGUUCUGUAUUUUAUGACCACUGACUGUCAAACCAACACUGUAAAAGCCUUACUAAUCAUCAAGCUGUCAAAGAGACAGUUUACAAGCCAAGAUAUCACUGGAUUUAUCCAUUUUUUUUUUACGAAUUAAGAGUUAUCUGUAAAUACCAUAAUGCACUGGUGCUGUACAUUCCCCUCAAAAUAUUGUAUUUCAGUUUGAAGCUGAAGUCUGCAGUUUGUCGUCCACAGUAACAAAACUUUGUUGGCUAGCGGUUAACGAAAAUGUUUUGUCUUAAGAUGAACGAUGGUUCGACAUACUGAAAACAACAUUCCACUACAUUUGACAAACUGCAGCAAUAAUAUUUGUGACACCGCUUAUCAAUAAGGUGCAUUCAGGCUUCUGGCUAAGGGACCAAAUUUAACUUUACCAGCACUACGGCCUCUGUCUUCAGGACCAAAACCACUAAAUGAACUAGCUGCUAGUGAGGAGUUCUUACAAAGAAAACUACUCCGUAACGAAACCUUCACAAACAACCUCAGAGGCGCAGCGCUGUUGCUGAAAGACCCAUCACCUUCUGAUCAAGUAAGACUUCAUGUUAAAUGCAACACUUCCUUUAAAUCACUGAACAUCUCAGUCACGCUGACAGUGUCAGGUUUAGCUUUGAGUACAUCUGUUUCAGUGAACGUAUUUUGUUAUCAUUACAGUAUUGGUUAUUUCACGCCUGAUUGAUCAAGAGUAUCAAGUUUAUCAACAUUUUGAAUAAAGUCUGAAUCAAGACUAA